CGGCCUUCCUUGCCCCGGAGGGAGGACGGGAGGCGGGUCCGCGGCGCGCCGGCCGCCGGCUGGGGCGGGGGUGGCGGGGGUUCCCGCAGUUGGGCAACUCCGGCCCGCGGGGCCACGUCCCUGCUGCCGGCCGGCGCCGCACGCAAGCUGCCGAGCGCAGCCUGGGGCACUCGGGCCCCGCCAUGGCCCGGGAGAGGCCGCCCGGGAGGGGCUGCGGCGCCCUGCGCCGGUGCCUGCUCGGCGCCGCGCUGCUGCUCGGCCUGCGCCUCCUCGCCGAGCUGCGGAGCCCCGGGCCCGGAGCCCACUCCCGCAGCGCCGCGCCCGCCCCGGGCCCUCGGCCGCCCGGGCCGCACCUGCAGCCGGCUCCCGGCCCUCCGCCGCGCGGCGCCAGCAGGAGGCAGGUGACCUACGUGCGCAGCGGGCGCAGAGCGCCGCCGACGGGCGACCGGCGCCGGACGCCGGAGCCGAGCUGCUGCGCCCGGCGCGGGCGCCCCCGCCCGAAGGGUCCCCGAUGGCACAUAGAGCUGCAGCCUUGGGCAGGCCCUGCUCGGUCCCUGGAUGAAGAAGCCUUGAGGUUCCUGAGCUAUAUCAGCACCACACAGAUUGCAUGCAAUCGUAUGAGUACCUUCAGCCUGGCUACUGACUCCAGCCCUGCCAAGCAGCCCUGGUCAGUGUGUCUCGAUGACAGGUUUGGCUUAGCUCAGCAAAUCCACAACAAGCAGUGCCGCCUCUAUUCUUUAGGGCUGGGAGGUGAUGAUACCCGUUUUGAGGUUGACAUGGCCAGGAACGGAUGUGAAGUGCAUCGGUUCGAUCCUAGCGUGAAGUCAGCUCACGUUCUGGAGAGCCAGCGCCUCUGGCAUCACCGCUUGUCCAUCACCUGGAGGGACCCCCAUCCAGCGGUUGCUGCUCAGAGAUCGCAUGGCAGUGCCAGAAAGCUGGGGAGCAUUUUGAAUGAAUUUGGGCAUCACAAGAUUGAUGUUCUCAAGGCAGAUCUGGAGAGUGCCGAAUGGAAAGUUUUGGAAAAUCUCAUUCUGGAAAAUGUGCUUGAACAGAUUGGACAGCUCAUCUUUGAGAUCCAUCUGCACUGGCCCGGGUUCGAGGUCAGUGGCAGUGACAGCAGUGUCGUCAGAUUCUGGUACAGCCUCCUCAAAGAAUUAGAACUAAAGGAUUUCAGGCUUUUUCACAGUUACAAAGAUUUAUCUAAACCUCAGCUAUUCCUAAAGAAAGAUCUCUUCAAUGCAAGUAGCUGUUAUACUCUGAGCUGGGUGAAUACAAGGUGGAAAUAGGAUGCAGGACCUCAUGAGGAGUACAAGGAAGGAAGUAUUUCCAGAGUGGAGUCGUCCAUGGCUCCCUCCGAGGGUUUGAGCACGCAGCUUCCUUACCUGCCCCAGCAGAGACUGUGUCAUUGUCUCUGCGGUGCAGGGGGGCCUGGAGCUUGAUGUGCAAAGGCACAGUCGAUACUUCAAGGGAUGAACAACCAACUACGCUCGCCACUCCACCACGCAACCACCACCAUUUGUCCAGACCCAGGCCUUUUGCUCUGACAGAGGACAAACUUGUCCUCCUCCACUGUGACUUGGAAAGUACUCCCCCAUGCAUCCCAGUUUUCCCUAAACUUUAUUAUAUGUCUAUAAUCCGUGAAUUCACCCACCUUACAAUGAAAUGAUAUAUUUUCCCUUCGUCCUGGGUUGAUGACAUUCCCAAGUUCGUGAUCUCCUGUUUAAAACAGAGCCUUUCUUUGGAUGCGGAGUCACCUCUCUCCGGGUUUUGCCAGCUCACUUUGUCAUUCCUCCUCAGCCCUUUGUGGGGCCAUGCAGCGGUGUUGUAACAGCCACGGGUUCUGGCUUCCGGGGCCUCGGACACAUCGCAUUCUGUUACUGAGUUUCAAAGCCCAGACUAUCAAGAGCUUCAACUCCCGGUUCUUUCCUGACUCAGCCUUGGAUCCCUACCUUUGUGAAGCGGAGCACACAGCAGAAAGUGCGAGUCUUCACUGCUAGCACUUCAGCCUCCAAACAUCAGCUCCCAACCAGGCACGUGGGCCGCGCUGUCAACGGUUUUCUAAUACCUUAGCCCAAGUGCAUUUUCCGGUACUGUCAGUAGGCAUCACAUGUGACAUAUGGCCUGAGGCCAUCGUGCCUGUGGUGCCUUUUUCCUCGGAUGGUUACACAGUAGUCAGUAGUGGCAGUCCUUUCCAUAUGCAAGUUCAUGGAAAAUGAAAUUAAAAUGUUUAUUUUGCUGUAAACAAUUUUGAAAUCCAUGCAUAGAUAUUUCAUAAUUUUCAUGAACUUUUAAAAGACCUACUCAUCAGUAUGGAUUUCAAAAGUUUUUCCCACCAAAAUACAUAUCUUUUAAUUUCAUUUUCUGUGAAUGUUUUUUAAGUAUCUAUAUGUAUUGUUGUUAAGUGGAAUUUGUAGCUCCAAUAAUUUCUAUUUAUAGGAAAAGAAACUUACUCCACUGAAUGAUUUUCAAAAAUCCCAUUUUGGAUAACUUACUUAAAUAGUUUAAAAAUAACUGAAUUAUUGCUUUGCCAAUUUAGUAUAUUUUUUGAUGUUUACACAGAAUGUAAAAAUUGUAUGUAUGCUGUUGCUUCCAAAAAUGUUUGGAGGGUACAGAAUACUGAUCAUUAGUAAAUUUUUUUCUUCUCCCAUUUUUAUUUUAAACUUCCUUCUACCCUCAGAUGUUCCCCAGGUUGGCUUUUUGCUUCUUUCAGUGAUUUGAAAAUGUCAUUUAUCAAGUGAGAAACCAAAAUGUAUUACAAUAAGAUGAUCUCUCUAACUUGAGUUCAAGAGAACAAGACUUUCUGAGUUAGUUGUGAUGACUUUUAGAAAUCCAGGUGAGGUUUUUAUUUUAAAACCCACAGUACUCGAAUGAAGGUUGUGGAGCUGAGAGGACCAGCUUGAACUUGACUGAUGAUGACAGUGGAAUCGCUUCAACCCAGAGGUAUUUCAAAUGCAUGGACGGAGACAUGCAAACGUUAAAGUGGUUCAUACAUUCAGGCUGUGUGGUGUCAUCUCCAAAGCAAAGCUAACUUUGGAUUAUAUCACAGGUUUUUUUCAUAAAAAUUUCAUAUGCUGAAAUAUACACAUUGAAGUAUGAAGAGUGUGCUAACCCUCCGUGUCCAAUCCGAUGGAUCGGCGUUGAGAUACGCACACACAACCACAACAAGAUCUCUAACUCCUGAGACUGAAGAGGGAUGGUGCUACGGAAAGUCCCCUUUGUGUGGGGCGAGGCAACCACACAUUCCAGAUUGGUGGUGUAGAGCGUCGACUUCAUCGUGCUACCUAUAUCCGAAGCAAGAGUGGAUGUACUGGUGAAAAAACCCGCACGCACUCCCACCCACACCCGCCUACCAGGCAGCCUGUUCUAAAACCGUCCUUCAUUUACUUCAGGGACAAUCUGAAGUUUCUGGUGAAUAUUCCAAUGGUUGCUAUGGCUUCCUUGCCUCUAGAAUUUAUUAUGCUUAUCAUGCAGGCCGGGGUCUCUUAAUCACAGCACAGUUGCCUUUUGGGCUAGAUUAUUCUUUGUUGGGGGUGCGAAGCUGUUCUGUGCCUUGGAGGGUGUUUAGAAGCAUCCCUUGCCCCCUCCCCACCCCCACCCUGCUGGAUGGCAAGAGAACCUCCCCCCCUUGUGUCAUCCAAACAGGGCCAGAUGUCCCCGAGGGGGCAAAGUCACCCACUGUGGAGAUGUCCUGCCGGGCGCCAUGAGAAGGUGGCCAUGCUACGCAGCACCGGUGCUUGCUUAUGAAGAGUGGGCAAAACAAAAACCGUCACCACCAUCACCACACCAAAGUAACAAACAAAAGCAAAGCUACUCUGUCUAAGCGCUGACUACAUGCCUGGCACUUAGCAUGGAUCACUCCUAAUUUUUCUACUAACCUAAGAAGAAGUAUAUUUUCUCCUAUUGUAUGGCUAGAGAAAGUCUGAGAAGUUAAAUAGCUUACCUACAUUACUCAGCCUAGUAGACAGUGGAACAGGAAUCUAUACUUUCCUUUCCUCUUUCAGACCUUCCAAACAUGGCCUCCAUAACCUUCACCAGUAGGCUACGUUGAUGGAAGGACAUAUUUUGGUCCCACUUAGCAAAAGGAGGGAAAAAAAUACAAAUAUAGUUGAACCAGACCUGCAAAUCUGUUAGAGUUGGGAAAAUUUUAUAGCAUACAGGUUUGCUUAAAAUGGAACCAUGUAGUUAAUUAAAACAUGAGGGUAUUUCAAAAAGUCUUUAGAGAAAUACAAUUAAAAGAUCAGUAUAUUUUGCUGCAAAAAUUUUUGAAAUCCAUGCAGACUUUUUUUUUUCGUAAUACACAUUUUCCAUGUACUUUUUGAAGACUCCCUGUAUGUCUGCCAAAUGGAGACUUACUGAAGACGUAUGGGGACUGGAAAACCUCCCUGGCAGCAUAAUUAAGGCUGCCAGGAAAGCUCUUGUGAGGCCCAGAAGGGAGUCUUACUCUGGCUCAUCCUAAUACUUGGCACUUUCCUCCUGGUUUUUAGAAAGGAUACAGUCACUUGAAAUUGUAGUGUGACUCUCCUUUGCUUUAAACUAGGCCUUCCUUGAUCUGUAGAUAAAUAAGCUAAGCUGGGAAUAUUUGUGAAACACACCUCCCUAGUUAACUCAUGUUCAUAAAUGACUCUGAAAACAUUUAAUGAUGCUCUUAUCACGUGAUCUACAAAAGUGCUCUUUUUAGUCGAAAUACAAAUGCGGAUGUAAGAGAUGCAGAAGUUGCCAAUUAGUACUCCCUCUGUCACAAGUCGAAGUUUAAGUCAAAGAAAAAUAAUGCUCUUUGUUUUUUUGAAGAGUAGUAUAUGAUGCCCUUAAAAUAGGUUACCACAUGAAGACUUGUGUUUGACAUGUCCAGAUGAAGGGAUCAGGGAAAAGUGAGCAGACUUCUGUAAGAAUUGACUGGAAGGCCACUAAUAUUUACAUCAAGGUAGAACAAAAGUAAAUUCGCGACUUCACGGAUGUUUUGUCCAAGUUGGUUAUAUAUAGAAGCAUGUCUGCCUCGUCCAUAAGAUCUUUUAGUAAAUACGGUGUAAGCUUUGCGUUUCCUAAGUACUACAUGUUUACAUUCAGUAAAGGUUAAAUUAAUGGAAGCCAGGCUCGGCAUAUUUUGCUGGUUUAAAAAUGAAGGCCAUAUUUAAACAGAGUAUUCUUCUUGAGAAUUUCACAGUACUUCAAAGUUCAAUUAAUACAGUUGUUCUUUCUGGAUGGAGAUAAAUUUAUGUUUGGUUUUUAAGCAAUAACGUAAUUUUUUUGUACUAGUCAAUUGUUGGUACUUUGUAAAUUCAAUAUAAAUUUAAUCUUAUGCUAAAAUGUCACCUUUUUCUGUACUUUGAACUUUAUACUUAGAUAAAAUCAUAACCCAAGAUUCAGUACAUUCCUAAAACUGCCUAAAUGUAGGGAUUUUUGAAAUCUUUGGAUGAUUCUCUUUCUGUCCAUAAGAAAAGUAAACCAAGCAUGCUGUCAUACUUUGUGUUUAGAACUAUAUGGUAAAAUGCUUAUUCUCAACAGUUCAAAAUGAAUGUAUUCUAAAACCAGCAACUUCAUAUUCUUACAUAAAAAUUUUUACUUUUUCUUAGUCAUUGAUUUUUGUAAGAUUGACUGAAAUAAUACUGGAUUUGGGGUAGUUGGGGGAGAGUCUAGUUAGAAUUCUGAGCUUGGGGCCGGCACCAUGGCUCACUUCGUUAAUCCUCCGCCUGCAGCGCCAGCAUCCCAAAUGGGCACUGGGUUCAAGUCACGGUUGCUCCUCUUCCAGUCCAGCUCUCUGCUGUGGCCCGGGAAGGCAGUGGAGGAUGGCCCAAGUGCUUGGGCCCCUGCACCCGCAUGGGAGACCGGGAGAAGCACCUGGCUCCUGGCUUCGGAUCGGUGCAAUGCCGGCCGUGGUGGCCAUUUGGAGAGUGAACCAACGGAAGGAGGACCUUUCUCUCUGUCUCUCUCUCACUGUCUAACUCUGUCAAAUAAAAAACAAUACUUUAAAAAUGCCUGGCCCAGCACCAGCCUUGCACCCAUCUGGGGAGUGAACCAGUAGAUGGGAGAUCUCUUUCUCUCCCCAUCUCUCCCUCUCUCUCUUUCUGCAACUCUACCUUUCAAAGAAAUAAAAUAAACUGCAUCAUGAAGACAGGGAACAUCAGAACUAAUGGUCAAAGGCUAGUGUUCUUUAGGAUUUCUUGGGAUAUUUCAGAGAUUUUGGAGCAAGAGAGAGAGGGAAAGGGAGGGAGGGAGGAAGGCAAUAUCACUAUGUUCAUAGAAUUGUAUCUACAUGUUGCAUUGACUGCUUAUAACUAAUUGAAAAUCAAAAUUAAAAAAUAAAUUUUUUUAAAAACAAAACAAAAAUAAAUAAAUAAAUAAAUAAAAAAUAAAGAAUUCUGACCUUGACCUUGGCUGUUUCCAUGGAGAAGCCAGGUUGCACAGGAGUGCCGUCUUAUCAGUGUGGACCAGGAGAGACCCACUGUGGAGCGUAGUGAGGACAGUUAACAGCAGAGGAUUGAGUGCUUGGAAGUUGCUGAGCGUCGACUUGAAGUGUUCUCACCACAAAUGAACUGACAAGUGUCUGAGGUAAUGGCUAUACUAACUAGCUUUAGUCAUUCUUCAACACAUACAAGUAUCAAAUUACCAUGCUGUACACCAUAAAUAUCUUUUAUCAAUUAAAUAAAAACAUAUCCCAUAACACCUUGAAUCUACUUGGACUAAAACAAGGUACCAGUAGAGACAUAGUGCUUGUUGGCAAAUGGCGGUGGUCUUGAGUUCCCCAGGGGCUUGCUUCUACCGUGGCCCCUCCAAAGAACACUCAACCUCCCCUCAAGUGGUGGACUCCAGUGAGUGCACAGCAUGGCCGGGGCCAGCGUCUGCACUAAGGGGUCCAUCCUCUGCCUCACUUGUUGUUGGAGAUUCUGAAUAUCACCUAGGUGAGGCUAUGCAGGGCACUUUUAAAAGUUUUUGGAAAAUGGACAGUGAGGAUAAGUUUAUUUUGGUGCAAGAAAGUUUUGAAAUACAUGAAAAUAUAUAGUAAAGAAAGGUCCAAAUGGGUUCUAUAACAUUAAUGAGAAGCCAUAUUUGCGUAUCAAUACAAAUAAGCUAUUAGUAUCUAUGCAAGAAAAUAGUUCUCAAGGUCAGGUCAAACAUUGUUUUCUCAGGGACCCCUGUUUAAGGCCCCCUGCUGUGUCCCCCAAAACCAUCUGCUCUUUAUCUUCACAUCCCCUGUCUUUGAAUGUAUCUGUACAAUGUCUGUCUUUCCCAGUAGACUGGAAGCUCCCUGAGGGUAAGGGCCCUGUCUGCAGCCACAGUGCUUAGCAUGGAACCUGCUAGGUGAAAGGUGCUCAAUCAAUAUUUGUUGAAUAUAAAAGUUUAAAAGCUAUUUUUUAUGUAAAAUUGUUUCAUCAUCAUUUGUUACUGAAGUUUUCUUUCCUGGCAUUAAAAUACCUUUGGAAUUUA